AUGUCAUCACCGAUCAAAGUUGGUAUCGUGGGAGCAACGGGGAAUACUGGCAAGUCCAUCGUGAAUGGGCUCCUGGCAUCGGAUGUCAACUUCGAAGUAACAGCCUUGACUCGACCUGAGUCGGUUGACAGCGAUGGGUCCAAGGCCCUCAAGGACCGUGGAGUCAAGAUCGUGAUACUUGACUUGAAAGCCCCAAAGGCAGAGCUUGUGAAGGCGCUGACCGGCCUCGACACCGUGCUCUCUUGUAUCUCUGCAUACCAGCUCGAGCUGCAGGCCGGUCUGGCCCAGGCGGCAAAGGACGCGGGCGUGAAGAGAUUCGUACCCUGCGAUUGGGGAUCGCCUGCGCCCAGAGGCGUGAUGCUCUUGCGAGACCGAAAGGAUGACGCCCUCGCUGCGGUGCAGCGCCUCCGCCUCGCAUAUACAGUCAUCGAUGUCGGAUUGUGGUUCAACCUCUCCGUGGCAGCUGUGCCCUCGGGCCGGACAGCGCAUGCAGUCAGAGGCAUCCUCAAUAUACACGCUGGGGAUGGCACGGUCCCGAACGCGUUGACGGACAUCAGAGACAUCGGUUGGCGCGUGGCGAGGAUCAUCGCGGACCCCAGGACGAUCAACAAGAAGGUGUUCGCCUACACCGAGGUCCUGUCCAUGAACCAGUGCGCGGACACCCUGGAUGAGGUCAGCGGGGAAAAGUCUGUCUGGACAGAGCUGAGUGCGCAAAUGAUCCACGACGCUAUCGCGAAGGCGAAACAGGAGACGUCGAGCAGCGCUCUCCCGCCAGGCCUGACUAUCAAUGAAUAUUACGACUCGUGUCUGCUCCGUGGCGAUAACACUCCUGAGUCGGCUGCGUAUCUGGGCUACUUGGACUUCAAGGACCUGUACCCUGAGGCUCCGAGCGGUAAGCUCCUCGGGGAGUUCUACAAGGAUGUUCUCGAUGGGCAAGGUAUUGGAGUUUGA